AUGUCUCAUGAUGGGAUGUCCAGAGAGGAGUAUGAGGAGUACCAGAAGCAGAUGGUGGAGGAAAAAAUGGAGAGAGACGCCGAAUUUGCUACAAAGAAGGCAGAAAGGGCUUGUCUGAGGACUUGUUUAAGAGAGAAAUAUCGGCUCCCGAAGAGUGAGCAGGACGAGAUUAUGCUCCAGCAGGCCGGAGAUGAUAUUGACGUGCCAGAAGAGAUGGUGAAGAUGGUGGACGGAGAGGCGCCGCAGGAGGAGGAGAAUCCCUCCAUCAUGGCCCAGAUGCAGAACCUGCAGAACAUGGACGUGGGCCAGCUGAAAGAAAAGGCCCAGGCCACGCUGGUGGAGAUGAAGUCCAAGGCUGAGGAGAAAUGCACAAUCAUGUGA